UUUCAGAGUCACAGCGAGACAUGAAUCGGAUCGAACAUUGUUUCCUCCUUUUAAUGAUUUGCGUCUUGUUGAGUAAUUAUCAAGUCAACUCAGACGGUGACGCUCGUUUGUCAAGAAAAAGGCGAUACAUCGUCUUCCCAGAAGGUUCAACAUUCUCUGUCGCGCUGUGUCUCACGACGCACACAGAAACGCCGGACGAUGACAUUUUCACGGAGGGCAUCAAUUGGGGUAUCUCUUACGAUUUACCGAACGAAAGCAAACCGGCUCUUGAGCCUCUCUUGCAGUUGAGACGCGACGAAAUUAAACCAGCGAAGAAAUACGCGAUCAACAAGAACGUGAUGAAGUAUUCCGGAUGGAACGGUAACGAUAAAUAUUACGUGAAGCCUGGCAAGAGGAAGUACCACAAGUCAGAUUAUUACUACUUGCAACGUAGACACCGGAGGGAACUUUACAGCAAACUGGAGACCAUUAUGAACGCGAUGAACUUCGAUGGAAGAACGUGCGUGCUUCGAGCGCUGUGCGAGGCCUCGCAGCGUCUGAUGCCCAAAGGAAGCACUCUCAUCGAGGAGAUGAUGAGGAUAUCAUUCUCCUUCCCUUUGAAGCGGCUGUUCAGCUAUGAGCCAGAGGAGCAUCAUGCGUACAGCAGAGCUCACAAAGCAGGCCAUGAGGGCCAUGAUUGCGCCACCAUGUUCGCCGGAUGCAGCUUCUCCCUGAUCGACAUGGCCCUCGGGAAAUACGACGCGCCAACGGCGCGACGGCCUCAACUUCCGCCAGAAUAUGCCGAUACGGCUGAAUCUUUCGACGACUGGACCAGGUAUAACAUGAAAUAACACGUUCGCUCGAAAGAAAUAUCUUCGGGAUGCCACGGCAAAGAACUCCGUUCGAAGGGAAACGUUGUCUCUCUCGAUAUGAACAUCGUAUCGCGUAUGAGCUUUCUUAUUUGAAGAUAUUUUCGCUAGCGAGAAAAGUAAGACCACGAAUGUACUCCUCGAUAUGUAAUUACGAUGUACAUCACGAUAUUUUCUACAUCAGACCUCUUUCUUUCACAAUAAAAUAUUUUUUUUUGCCAUUUUUGUAACUAUGUAUUAUGACUUGUUUGCUUGUGACGUUAAUCGAUUAUUCGAAGUGUUGGGAAAAUUUCCGUGCGGAAUGGUAAAAGAUACAUUUAUAUAUAGAAAUUACUAGAUAUUUAAUAUAAAUAUAUAUUUUGUAAAGAUUGGAGAACUAUCUAAACAGCUGUAAUAUAUUGCACUAUAUCAGUGAGCUUCGAUAUUCAGUUUAACAUUUGUUAUGUCCUUAAAAUGGCUAUUCGUGACUAUACCUGCUAGUUUUUAAUUAAAUAUAUAAUAAAUAUCCUGUAACUUCUGUAGUUGUACAUUUUUUGAUUGAUUUCAAAUUUUAGCACUAUAAUAAUAAUAAUAAUAAUAGGUAUUUCUCGUUAAAGUUUUAAUAAAACUUCAAAAUGUUCUUCUAUGGAAAAAAUUCAAACAUUUCCGCGGACGAUAAACGAUAAAAAGACGAUUAAAUGAACAUAUUACCUGUUGCCAGUUUUUAUUGAAUUUACAAAUUAAAAAAUUUUGUUCUUACAAUAUGUUAGUCGAUACUGAAUGAUCGAUAUUAAUAGACACGUGGAAACAUGAAUCAGAUCAUGAAUUAGAUCCAAGAAAAGGUAUUGCAAAACUAAAGCUUGAUACUUAA